AUGGGAACGGAUAAGUUGUGUGAAGACAUUGCAACGCUUCUAAAUGCAAACGCUGCACUGCAAAAGCGCAUCACAGAUACCCUGAGGCGGGUUGAGUGGGAGCUGGAUUGGGUUGGAUCUCUUAGAGUCUCUUUGCGCAAAUCCUCGGGAACCCGUAAAAGGGGCCGCGCGUCUGCGGCCUCUGUAUUGCAAACCGCUAUGAAAAGGUUUCCCAAUAACUUGCUGUUGAUGAGUGCGCCGGCUAAAAGGAAAAAAUGGAGCCUGGCCACCAAACGCUGUCUUUUGGCCAUAGCCGACGAAUUGGCGGUUAAGGACGAGGUCUCGGUGAAUCCAGCGCUAUGGGAUGAAAUUGCAAGGCGAAUGCUACGGCAAUGCGGGGCCGAGUGGAGCGGCAUCGAGUGCUUCCAAGAGUACGCGCGUUUGAUCUGUGAUAAGCGUGAUUUCACAGCGGGUGAGGAUGCGAUUCUCCACGCGCACAUCACCACCCGCCCGAAUAAUUGGAAAGCGCUCAGCGAGGAGCUCCACGCGCGCUUCGGGUUCCGCCGCCGGCCGUUUCAGAUCGCCCAGCGCUGCCGGCAGUUGACGUCGAAGCUCUUCUACACAACCCACCUGCCGGUGGAGACGGUGUGGGCGCGAAUUGAGCCCUUCGUGCGAUUCCCCGACGCCGAUUGCUACCGAAUUGCGGAGAUGGUGAACAGCAGGGCAAACGCGCGUGCCGAUCUCCCGCUACCCCCCAGCAGCGUGAGAUAUGCCAUUCGGUAUGGCUUCUUCAAGCAGCAGAAAGAUCGAAUAUUGUAUUGGAAAGUGAUGGCCAUCUUUUGUAAUUUUUCCACUCCGUAUAAAGAACUGUUUGGAUCCUUCCAUUCCAAGCCGUACCUCAUCUACCCCCAAAUAUCUCUCGAGGAUUUGGCGCGACACUCAAACUCAACCCUCGAGGACAUACGAGCCCGCAUUGUGCAAAAGCUGCUUGGAGGGAAGGCGGGCUUGCUGAAUCAUGAUUUUGAACAGCUCUCCAACGAACUGUUCGGCCACAAUAGAGUUGCGUUAGCCAUCUUUCAAGAGGCAUGCCGUCUUGAAAGAGAUGCGGAACGCGUGUGA